AUGUCGGGUCUAACUACUAAAGUGUUUUACGGUUCAUCAAAACGUAGUUCGUUCCAUUUAAUACCAUCAACAUCUUCAACGAAAAAGGUAAGACGUGAACCAUGCCAUUUAACUAAUGUUAAACGGUUGCUGGGACCUCCAAUUGGCUGGAAAAACUUUGCUAGGCAACAAGAAGCACUAGACUACGCGAAAACUAAAUCGAAUGGUUGUAUGUCUUUCACUUAUGAACAAAGUAAUGGUCAACGAUAUUUUAUGGUUGCUCAUCCCGAAACUUUUUGGUAUUAUGACUCUCGUAAACCACAAAAUGAAAGACACACUUAUGAGAUCAUACCAGAAAAUAAUCCGUGCAAAUUAUACUUUGAUUUAGAAUUUAAUCGCAUUGAAAAUCCAGAAUCAAAUGUGUGCAAAGAAGAAGAUGUUCUUGACUUAGAUUCAUCAACAGCAGAAAAGUUUAGUCAUCAUUUAGUUUUUCAAUCUUUGGUAUUCUCUAAUAAUUGCCAAGCCGGGUAUUUUGUUAGAUUUAUAUGCUGUGAAAUUAAUAAGUUUUUGUCUGAAGAUCACUGUCUAGAAGAUAAUGGAAGUUUUUACAGUGGGAUAACUACUAAAGAUCUUAUAAAUUUAAAAACUCAACAAGGAUUGUUUUGUGACAUAAGUGUAUAUUCAAGAAACAGACAUUUUAGAUUAUUUAAAUCAUCAAAAUUGAAAAAAAAUGUUCCAUUAGUCCUAAGCAAUACUAACAAGUAUAAGCUUCCUGAAAUGGCUCAUUGUGAGGACUGUUUUGAUAAACAAAUAUUCUUAAAGUCUUUAAUAACAUUUGGUUGUGAUGAUACUGUAUUGUUGAAUUUCACAAAUAUAACGAGUCAAAUUGUUGCUGAAUCACAUGGUGAUCGGGCACAUUUUGAUAAUAAAAAUCAAGCUACAUGUCAGUCAUCUUACACAAGUUCACCUUUUCCGCGAAUAGAUAGGUUUAUCUCCGAUCUUGUGUUCCCAGGAAAAAUCUUCAAAAACCAUUAUUUUCCUUCAGUAAACAAAUUAGUUUAUAGUAUUGUGAAAAAUCGUUAUUGUGGAAACGUUAAACGGCAACACAAAAACAAUAAUGUUAAGUACAUAGUUGAUUUGAAUGAAAUGUAUUGGUAUCAAAAAUGUUAUGAUCCUGACUGUGAACAGUAUCGAUCAAGUGGUACUAAAUUGCCAAAUGAAAUUUGUUUUGAGUAUGCUAAUCAUAUAGUUGAUGAUUUAUCUGACAGCCAAUUAGUAAAAGUUGCAGACGCUGCUCAAUUUUAA